GAAUACGUUCACUUUGUAGUCAUCCGUUCAUUUACAUUCCAAAACGAUUCUCUCUCUCUCUCUCUCUCUCUCUCUCUCUCAGAAGCUUUCACACAGGUCUCUUCGCUUUUAGGCUUUUCUCACUUACUGGAGUAUUUUUUAUUCGUACAAAACCCAAGUCCCAACUCCUCUCUCUCUCUCUCUCUCUCUCUGUCUCUCUCUCAAUCAAAUUUAAGGUGGUUAAAAUGGAGGCGAGUAUGCUGCUAUGCAAACUGAUCAUCUUUUUGGCUUUUCUGGGAGUUGUAAUGAGUACAACAUGGGGAGAAGACAACCUGAUAAAUCCAUCAAAGUUGCAAAUGUUUGUUGAUGAUCUUCCUGAUAUGCCCAAACUCAAAGGUUUUGAUUUCGAAAACGGCGUCCCCGUGCCCAAAUCCUUGAAAAUUGGCAUGUUUCGCAAGAAAUGGAAAUUCCACAGGGACCUCCCUCCAACCCCGGUGUUUGCCUACGGUACAUCCAAGCGCACCGCAACAAUCCCAGGACCCACGAUCGAGGCCCUCAAUCAGGUUGACACCUACGUGACGUGGCGCAAUCAUCUCCCUAAAAAGCACAUACUUCCUUGGGACCCCACCAUCCCAACAGCUAUGCCAACCAACAAAAGGGGCGUUCCCACGGUAGUCCACCUCCACGGCGCCAUCGGCGAGCCGCAGAGCGACGGACACGCGGAGUCGUGGUUCACUGCUCGAUUUGAAGAGAAGGGACCCACUUGGACAAAGAAGAAAUAUCACUACUACAACCAUCAACAGCCGGGGAACCUAUGGUACCACGAUCAUGCCAUGGGGUUGACCAGAGUCAACAUUCUGGCCGGCUUGCUUGGGGCCUACAUUAUUCGCGAUCUGAAGAUUGAGGCCCCGCUUGGACUCCCGCACGGCGAUGAAUUCGAUCGCCCGUUGGUCGUCUUUGAUCGUGGCUUUCGUACCGACGGCUCGUUGUACAUGAAUUCUACCGGAGACAACCCUUCCAUACACCCGCAGUGGCAACCCGAGUACUUCGGCGACGCCAUUAUCGUCAACGGGAAAGCCUGGCCCCGCAUGAUUGUGAGGCGGAGAAAGUAUCGAUUUCGCAUCAUCAAUGCGAGCAACGCUAGGUUCUUCAAGUUCUUCUUCACCAACGGUCUAGGAUUCAUCCACGUGGGGUCUGAUUCGGCCUAUCACGAACGGCCCGUGAUGCUCAAAGAGAUCCUCCUGGCCCCAUCCGAGAUUGCCGAUGUAAUUGUGGACUUUUCGGAGUCAAAGUCCGAUUCGGUUAUCCUAGGCAACAAUGCAUCGUAUCCUUACCCUUCUGGUGACCCGGUCAACGAAGCCAAUAGCAAGGUGAUGAAAUUCCUCGUUAAACAACAACACGAGGUUGACUCGGGCCGGGUACCCGAAGAGCUAAUUAAAUACCCAUCUGCUGAUUUAUCCGGUGCUUCGGAAACACGGUACAUCGCAAUGUACGAGUACACGAGCGACAUCGACGAGCCCACUCAUUUGUAUCUGAACGGGAAAUCGUACGAGAAGCCGGUGACCGAGACGCCGAAAGUGGGGACCACGGAGGUUUGGAAUGUGAUCAAUCUGACGGAGGACAACCACCCGUUGCACAUCCAUUUGGGUUUGUUUGUGGUGUUGGAUCAGACGGAGCUGGUGGACUUGGACAAGUUCAAGGAAUGCAUGUUGAAGAUGAACGAUGCGAUCAAGUGCCAAAUAAGCAAGUACGCACGUGGCAAGAGGCUGAAAGUGCUGGCCCAUGAGAAGGGGUGGAAGAAUGUCUACAAGAUGACGCCCGGAUUUGUCACGAAGAUCCUAGUGAGGUUUUCUUACAUACACUCGAAUGCGUCGUACUCGUUCGAUGCAACCGCCGAACCUGGUUAUGUCUACCACUGCCACAUCUUGGAUCAUGAAGACAAUGUCAUGAUGAGGCCCAUGAAGUUGAUCAAAUGAGAAGCUCCAAAAACAAAAAGGUGGGGUUAAAUUGUAACGAGGGGAAGCUGGAAAACCACCGUCUCGUGCUGCUCUUCUGAUCAGUAGCGAUUAAGUACAGCUGAAAAGAUGAUUUCACUGUAAUUCAAUUUGUUCAUGGCUAUAGAAGAUCAUGAUUAUUGGAAUUUGUAAUGGAGUAACUUUUGGAAGUUAUAUUACUUCAGUUUGGAAGUUUUGGAAUUUAUAUUGUGGCAGAGGGUUGAUUCUAACCAAGUGGUUCAACCUAUCAAUGGCGAACUGAUUGCGAUUCUUUCA